AUGGCGGUUUAUAUCCUAGGCACCUUCGGAGCUCUGGGUUGCACGCAAGACUACAUCAUCGUUCUGAUAACCAUUUUUGCCAUACUAAUACAUCUCCCGCUUGAGAUUCAAGCACCUACCAAUGGAAAACCUGCUAGCGUAGCACUCGUCGAUGAAACACCUAUCGACGAAGUACUUGCUGCUGAUGAGCUAUUUCCCGAUGUCAUGCAGGCGGACGAAGACUUGGCUGUGGAAGCACCCCCUAAUCCCCCAGCCAGACUGGCAAUGAGUGCGCCUGGGUCUGUCGCUCUCCCUUUGCCUUCUAGAUGGUGGUGGCAGCCAAUGGUAGAUUGGUUCUACAUUAACAAUGCAGCGCGAGCAGCAAAAGAGAGGGCCGUAGAAGAGGCUAGGGUUGUUGCAGAGCAAGAGAAUGCGAAUUUUCGAUUGCAAGUUAAACUCACAAGAGACAUGACAUCUGGAACGAAUACUACUCAGCCGCCGAGCAACGAGGAUGAAACACAGACAGCCAGAAAAGCAUGGAACACUACUCAGCCGUUUCGACCAAUGUACAUGUAUACUGAGCGGGAAUAUCAAGCUGCUUUGCGCGGAGAGAUACCUGCGAUAGCAACAUCAGAGUCUACCUUGGAGCCGCCUGUCGAGUCUGUCCCGACCCCUCUCGCUCAAGAUUCAGCGGUUUCUGUGGCUACCGAUCUUUCGAUUCUCGCUUCCGCACCUCCAUCUGCGACUGCAUCCGUACCUGCUCCUCAGACCUCAACUAUUCUUUCAAAUACGUCUUCUCUAGUCAGAGCCGAUGCAUCAUACCCAGCGACUUCUUCCGGUUCUCUUUUUGCACCUGCUCCAACGGCAACACCUGAUGUUACGCAAGAGCGCAUCGCCAGCACAAAUGAAGUGCCAGCAGAGGUUGAUAAUCCAGAUGCAUUGCCUAUCCUCAUGACAAGCUCGUCAGGCUCCAGACCGCAAGGGGAUUGUAAUCAUGAGACGAGUACCCCAAUCGCAACCACGACGACGCCUGCGGUCUUAGACACAAAACCUUCUCACGAGCUUGCCUUCGCGCCCGGGACUGGGCUGGCCGAACCUGGUAUGCCGUUCAUGGAUCCAGGUAACGAGCAGGGACCAUCAAGCCUUCCAAACCCUACAGUCUCAGCACCUAUUAUCCAGAGUGCUGAGCCGUCUCCCGAUGCAAGCAAGUCACUGGACGAAGACAAGCUUGCUGACGAACUGGAGCAUCCUUGUACAGAAGAUAGGAUUGGUUAUGUGGAGAACGCUCAGGCGGACGGUCAACAGCAAGACCAACAACACAACGAGAGAGACAGCGACGAUGAAGGAGACUUUAGCUCAAGCGGUGGCGUAACUGGUCUGGAUGACAGAUCCUUUGAGGAACAGCCCAUAGACGAAACUGAAGGACUAGAUGAUGAAGCUUUGGCGGCAGCUGAACAGCUGCGCGAGGAGAUGGAGAGUGGAGCUAAACGAAAUGAAGUCAUUACUUCGGUACAGGCGGCUUCCGAUGAAGCAGCUCCGCUUGUCGAUAACUGCGAUGAUAACGAGCAGACAGGAACUAAAACGGAACAACCGGUUGAGAGGACUCUCAUGGAUGUGGAUCCGGUUAUAAUACCCUCAACUGCUGAAGACGGCUUUCAAGACGAGCAUGGUAAUGUGAUCGACACACCUAUGGGUGGUGUUCCGGAAAAUGGUGCUGAUAUGCUGGAGCUGAAAGUCUUGUCAGCAAAUUCUGGAGAUGACAUAACAAUGGGAGGUACGGAUAAUAAAGAGGCUUCUGAUCGGGGCGGAGGUUCUUCGAGUGGAGAGGGCUUUCACGGUGAGAUCGUUCUCGACACCCAGAUCAACAAUGACGUUCAUAUCUUGGACAACAAACUUGAAUCGAACAAUCCGAAAGAUGGAGAUGGCAGCGAUGAUAGCAGCGAUGAUAGCAGCGAUCGUUCUGAGCCACAUGGACGUCUUCAGUCAUCGACGGUUGGUGGAACUACUUCAGCAGCACCAUUCUCAAACGCUGGCGGAGCCAUUGCUGCCGCUGCGGAUACCACCAUGACGGACAACGACGAAGACAGUGAAAUGAUUGAUGUAGCCAUCAUAGGCGCAGCCGAGAUCGGCAAUGCUGGUUGCAACGCAUCUGCAUCGGCGCAAUUCAACACUACUGAAUUGCCGAAAGCGAUUCAAGCCGCUCAGAGUGAAGACGGUCAGCCAAAUGAGAGUUUCACGACUCCAUCUGAUGUGGAGGGAGGGCAAGAUCACAACACUGACGAUGAUGAUGACUGGGACAGCAUUUACGCUAGUGCCGAUGGCCAUCUUUCCUCUGCCAACGUGCCGAGAUCUUCGACUACGCGAGCACCUCCUACCGAUCCAUCGGGUACAUACAGCCCAUUUUCGAAUGCAAGCUCUGGUGACUCAGGCGAGAAUAUCUCUCCAUCUCAACAGAUCGAUGACUUCGGAACUGAAGAGUUUGCACAGACUGGAGUCGCAAAGAAAGAUAAACAGAUGCAAAUAGAUGCACAAAGAGAUCUUGAUUUACCUUUGAAUGGAUACGUGAAACUACCAGGUAUCAGAAACCAGAGUCAUGAUGACAUUCGUAGAGCCGAUGACAAGCCCGGACAUCUUACCGCAGGGAUCAUGGGGAUCGAUUCCAACAACCAUGACACCGACUAUCAACAGACACGCGGUAUCGACCACGACUUUGAGACCGCACCAAAUACUUCCCUAGGUGAUUCUCAGCUCCCGACUACCGUCGACGAUGAAACCAAUACCGAUACCGAUGGUCUCAAUUGGACGGACAUCAGCCCCAAGACACGCCUGGUUCAGCUCUGGGAAGACAGACAAAUCGUCGACAACCCCGAUUACCCACCUCAUCGAUCCGCGGGCAUGAGGCCAUUAGAGGAAACAUACGGGCAACCAUGCCAAAUCUUUCGAGAAGUCGACAUGGCAGCAUAUGAGUUUUUCGGCGAGAAUCACGAGAACUUCCAAUAUGCCCAAGAAGGGGUCGAUUGGUUCCAUCCUGAAGCCGAAGGUGCUGAACCCCGAGACGAAUUUGAAGGGGAAGUUGGAGACGAUACCAAUGCUGCCGCAAAUGAAGUAGAAGGUCGCGUGGAUGACGAUCUCAGCGCAAGAGUCGCUGCUUCCAAAACUGAAUCCAAUACCGCUUUCCGACUCGACUACUCUGAUAGUUUAUCAACUUUGUCGAAUCCACCUGACAGCACCGACCUUGAUGCGAUUGGAGCAAACUUGCUUAUGGAGGAGAUGAAUCGCAAGAUACCGGUACUGAAGAAUGGAGGUAGAGAGCUUAUCGACAACUCUGCGUUAGUCAGCGAAGAAGCCUACCCCAGCAAAAAGGGGAAUAGCGUUAGCGCAUCCUUACCUGACGACGACGGUACUGAAUCCCAUCUGAUAAUCACUGACGCGACAAGGGAAGAAGCGGCGAGAUUCGGCUGCACAACUGACAGUCAGAUUCUGGACUUUGUGGAGAGCAUCGAUAGACCAGAAAAGCGAGAGGGCGGUAAAUUUUUGACACCAAAGUCUUGGAAAGAUCGGAAAGGCAAUAUUACGGGAUCUUCCACGUCCUCAGCCGUCAUGUUCUCGCCUCUACAAGCUCCAGCCCAGCAAUCGAUGCCGAAAACGCGCUACAAUGGUCCAGUAUCCUUCAACUUUGACGAAGGUGACGUCCAGCCUCGACUCAAACCAGCACCUCCUAUGACCAAAAACCUUCUCGAAAGGAUGGCGGACUUCAACUCGGAUCCGAUAAAGCGGGCUGCAUUACAAGAUAUGGCAAACAAGGUUGGUGAUACGUCGAAGAUUCCAUCACCGGCUUGGACGUCUGCAGUCGCUACUAACAACAGUCCCUUCGCAUCGAAGUUCCAAGAUGCAUCAAACUCGCCCCGAUUGCAGAAGUCAAAUUCCACUUCGCCAUCGUCCUAUCCCAGACCAUCGAUAUCAUCUAGUGGUUACGACAGCAUCCGCGCUUCGUCGCUCCCUUUCGAUCCGUCAAAGCCACGUCCGAUGGUUGACAUCGAUAGUGACCCAUGA